AUGCCCUCUUCGACCUCUUCUCAUGAAUUGUCUCAAGUUGGAACCGAUGCGGCCACGAUUGAGUCAUUGGAAGAAGCGAUUCCGCCCGAGUCACCGAAAACCCCGACCGGAGAGGUCGUCGAUUGGAAGCUGAAGGCCAUGUUCUGUUUCAUCGGUUGUGUCGCUCUCGUCGGUUGGAACUUCAUCCUGGGCGAGUUGGGUACCCUUAUCGACGCCUUUGGAGCCGCAUAUGGGACGUGGAUGUCUCUUUGUUAUUCCCUCUGUGUCAAUGCCGGUCAGUUGAUGCUCGUAUGGGUUGGCAAUCGGUUCAAGUUCGGUCCUCGUUUCUAUACAGGCUGCAUUGGUAUGGGUAUCAGCAUGAUCCUGCUGGCCAUAUGUGCGAUCACUUUUGCUCAGAACAAUCAAUGGGCCGGCUUUGCUGCCGGUUGUGUCCUCAUCGGAAUCUUUGGGUUUGCCAACUCCUUGAUGCAGUCAUCGAUGUUCGGGCUAGCUGCUCUCGUCGAUCCUGUCUGUACUGAAUUCGUUCUUAUUGGCGAAGGUCUUUCGGGUCUCAUCGCAUGGCCCCUUGAUAGGCUCUGCCAGGCCAUCUUGGAGGGCUGUGGUGUCACCGACUACCUCUACCCACGAAUGGUCUUGUUCUAUGGCCUUGGCAUGCUCGCGAAUUUCGCCACCAUUCCAGUGUACAAGUAUGUUAUGCAGCGUCAUCCUCUUAUGCGUGUUGUCCUCGAGCUUGAGGAAAGCCGUCAAAAGUUCGUAUUGAAAAGACAGAUGAAACGCCCUCUCGGCCAAGUCGUUUGGGAUACCAUCCCCCAGGCCUUCAAUGUGUGGCUCAGCUUCACAACUACGUUCACUGUUUUCCCCUGGCUCGUAUUCGAUAUGAAACCAUCUGACCUGUCGGCUGCUCUCUUCGGCCAGUUGAUGACCUACUGCUAUCAGGUCUUCGAUACAGUCGGUCGUUCCUCGCCUAGUUAUCAUCUUCGCUUGAGCAAGAGGGCUACACGAUUCGCAUCCUUUGGCCGUUUGAUUUUCAUCGCCUUGUUCUUCCUAUGUGCCGAGAUAGAUGUUUCGCCUCUGAACCAAGACUGGUUCCGCUUCAUCGUUAUGGCAUUGUUUGCCGGCUCCAACGGCGUUGUGGCCUCAUGGUGUAUGAUCCACGGUCCAACACAAGUUGAUCAAGAGCAGAUGGAGGAGUUGGAGAUUGCCGGUUACGUGAUGGCUUUCGGUCUCAUUUGCGGCAUUCUUAGUGGCUCAGUUAUCGCUACUGUCAUUCAGCAAACAGCCUAUAUGUGA